AUGAAACCUAUUCACAUUUCCCGCUGGUUUCCUCACUUCCCCUGUACCUGGGGUGUUGAUUCAAAUCUGCCCUUUUAUUCCGUAAUCCGCUCCAUCAAGGCGUUGACAGAGUUUCCUUCUGGCCCUUUAGAACCAAUUUCCUAUCUCUCUGGUUCAAUGAUUUGCCUAUAUCACUACCAGCAUAUCCAUGCUACUCGAGGCGUUAUAUCGUGCACUCUACAUCAAGCCUUUGCUAGCACGCAUACUUCAGCCGAAUUGAGCAGACCUCUAAAGUCUGGAUUGUAA